AUGCCGGUGAUGUCGUCGAAUUCCGCGAGUUCGCAUUUUGGUAUAAUCGAUUUUAUAACGGAAAUUUCGAUUCGACAAGCUACAAACGUCCCAGCAAGGAGCUUUCUGACAUACCAAUCGAUAUUACUAUGAAAAUUAUGGACAAGCUGAAUUUCGUAGAUGAUUUGUGACGUAACUUCGCGACAUUUCUCGACAAGUUUCCACGUGAGGAAAGCUCCUUGCAGCGAGGAACAAGAGUGGAGCUAGCCAGAAUCCGAUGCGGUCACUCAACCAUGGUCCCAAGCUAUUUCGCGAGAAUCAACAACGACACGGUGCCAGCCUGCAAGAAAUGUGGCGAUGUCACAGGGAAUGUGGAACACAUGCUGAGAUGUUCUAUCCAACCCCCGCUCACUCCGUCUAAACUGUGGACGGAUCCGAAAAAGGUGGCAGAGGCACUAGGCCUCCCCACCAGAAUUUUCGAUCCAGGCGGAUCUCAAUGAUCCAAGGACCUCCACGGACCCAACGUGGUGCUUUGCACCACUACUACUACUACUACUACAAGUUUCCACAGUUGUUUUAUCAGAAUUGUUCUGCUGCGACGGCAAAUUGUGUGGAUUUUCACACUUGUGUUUUCACACUAGACGCCUUUCUCUGUGUUUUUUGUUCAGUUGUUCGCUUUCUGGUGGUCGGAUAAUGUCGAGAAAUGCCGCGAAAUUACGUCACAAACUGUAUUGAAAUUUUAUUGUUUCAGAUGUCGUGUGCGAAAGGUUUCACGCAGUUUUCGUGACCUAAUCGAUGAGCGUGGCGUCAAGCGUGCAAAUGUGAAUUUUCGAAGCUUUUCCUGGUUUUCUCGCAUAGAAAUUGACGAUACAACUUUUCAUUACGGAGGUCUGAAGAGUGGAUGUGAGGUUUACGAAAAAACUCCGUACCGACCAAAGAAGAAGCUAGUGAGAGGCGAGAAUCAUGUGAAAUUGGCGCUUUCCGAUCUGAUGAUUGUGCUGAAAAAUCCCAAACAGCGAAUCGAAAGCAUGACUAUUAUGAUGAACACAGUCAACGAAGAGAACGUGAAGCAUCUGGAUCAAUUCCUGAAAUCUCUGGGCUUUCUUGGCUUCAAGCUUUCCGUCAGCGAGAUGGAUUUGCGGCUCGACGAACAUACACAUUUUCUGCCAAUCAUUUGUUGUGUGAAGCCUGGAGUUUUGGACCGUUUAGAUUUGGAUUUGAAUAUGAAAAGCGAGGAAGCGGUGUACAAGAAGCUUGUCGAAUCGGACCAAUGGAAGCAACUCGGAUAUCUGAGUUCCACCGUUUCCACUUCUUUCAAGUUUGAGCACUUGGUUCAUCUUCCAAACUUUCGUGCUCAUCUGGACGGACAAUUCAUUAGAGAAGAUGUGAAGUUAGCGUUGAAUACGUUACUCUCUGCCGAAAACUUUGAAGAAUGGAACAUCACUUCAGAUGAUUUGGAUGCGUUUCCGACAUUUGUCGAUUUACUCGGACAACCGAAGCUUGCUGAUGACAGGCGUGGAUGGAUCAAAUACGACUUUGAGGUGGAAGUGCCGAGCGGCGGAAAGCUCGUUUUCGAGUAUCACAAGACAAAGGAGUCUCGUUUAAAUAUUCAUAAAGUGAAAAAUGGCAAAUUCCAUUUUCAGGGUUAUUUUAUCAAACUUCCCCAAUGA